CUGCUGGCAUUGUUUCUUGAGUCCUGGGCUGGAUGGAAGAGUUUCCAGGGUUACUUUGUAACUUAUUUUGUUACUUUGCAGCAAGAAAGAAAAACAAGCAACACACAGACUCCUCUCACCUAUUACCCCUGACCAGUUUACGUGAAUUUUUAACCCCUGGUGUGGUUAUUUGGACCCCACUGCAAAUGUAUGCUUUUUGAAGAGCUUAAAUUGACCACUGAAGGAUGGAAGUCUCUAGACGAGGGUCCGCUGCUCAGCAGUCGACAAAAGAAGAGACCGAGAACAAAACUAAAGAUGAAGCGAUUCACCUGAAGAGGAGAAUAGGCCUGCUGCCCUCCAUCUCUUUCAUCAUUGGCACUGUGGUGGGCAGUGGCAUCUUCAUCGCUCCUAAAGGAGUGUUGAUGAACUCAGGCAGUGUUGGGGUCUCUCUGAUCGUCUGGACUCUGUGUGGUGUUCUCUCUCUGUUUGGUGCUCUGUGCUAUGCUGAACUGGGCACAAGCUUUACGAAAUCGGGGGGUCACUACACCUACCUGCUGGAGACCUUGGGACCCCUACCUGCCUUCCUGCGGCUUUGGACUGAAUUUAUUUUCAUCAGACCCGCAGUUGCCUCUUAUGUGGCUCUAGCAUUCGGCCGUUAUGUAGUCGAGCCGUUUUUCAUGCCUUGUGCAGCUCCAACAGUUCUGGUCAAAUUGGUCAGCAUCUUGGGAGUCUCGUUUGUGGUGGCUGUGAACUGCUGGAGCGUGUCCUUAGCUACUCGUACGCAGGUCUCGCUGACGUUCAUCAAGAUGUUCGCUUUGAUCCUGAUCAUUAUUCCAGGAAUCAUGGCUUUGGUUAAUGGGAAAACUACAAAUUUCCAGGAGGCAUUUGACUCUGAAUCUUUAUCGGUGACCAAACUUCCGCUGGCCUUUUAUUCUGGACUCUAUGCGUAUGGUGGAUGGUUUUAUUUAAAUUUCAUAACCGAAGAGGUCAUUAACCCCAACAGAACUUUCCCACUGGCCAUCGUUUUCUCCAUGGUUACGGUCACUGUGUGUUAUGUGCUGGUGAACGUAGCUUACUACACCGUGAUGACAGCAGAUGAGCUGCUGAUGUCGGAUGCCGUGGCAGUGACUUUUGCCAGUCGUGCUCUGAUGAGUUUAGCUCCAGCAAUUCCUGUGCUGGUCGCGGCUUCGUGCCUCGGGGCUCUAAAUGGAGGAUUGUUUGGUGCAACCAGGAUGCUGUUUGUGGGAGCCAGAGAGGGUCACAUGCCGGUCAUCUUCUCCAUGAUCCAUAUUCGCCGACACACACCACUGCCCGCUAUAUUAUUUCUGUAUCCUCUGGUGGUCAUCAUGAUAGCAAGAGGAGAGAUCUAUCAACUGAUCAACUUUGCCUCUUUCUCACGCUGGCUUUUCAUCGCCUUGGCAACCCUGGGGAUGCUCAUCCACCGAUACAGAUUCCCAGAGCAUCCCAGGCCAUUUAAGGUUCCUCUGGUUAUCGCGGUGACUUUUACCCUGGUGUGUUUCUUCAUUGUGGGAUUGUCCUUGUAUUCUGACCCCUGGAAUACGGGGGUAAGCUGUGCCCUCACAAUCGCAGUGGUUCCGGUGUAUUACCUGACAAUGAAGACUUCGUUUAUACCCAACUGCUGGAAAAACUUCUUCAAUUAUUACAGCCUGCAGCUGCAAAUACUUCUGGAAGUGACACAGCAAGAAGUUCAAACCUACUGAGGGAGUGUUCAUCAAACAGUGUAAAACACAGAUAUACAUGUACAUAGACAC